AAGUACCCCAAAAAAGAAUUAACCCAGAACCCACUAACAACUGACUCCUUUUCUUUUUGAUGUUGUUGUGGUUUUUGUGUGUGUUUCUACCCUUUGUUUGUUUGCCCUUUCACGUCGAGGUGAUGCAGCCAGCUUUACUUACUGGGGGGUUGAUUUUUCUCAUAAAGCACGGACGGUGUGGGAUAUGGCUGAGAUUUUCUUUGAGAUUUUUGCCGAGAGGUGGCUGGUUUUAGGCUUUUCUUAUGGCAGUGGAUUUAUCAUUACGGAGACAAAGGGCGAUGUACACACUGUGCCUCAUGUUGGAGUGGUGUUGACUAACUUAACCAACUCACUCAGCGAGUAGAUUCAGUUACUCUCUGGAGACAAAAUAAAACACACCACGAUCAAGUCUUCUACUUGUAGACUGGUAUUGGGCUAUGAAGGUGCAGUGGCUGUAAGCCGGGGAUCUAGGCACAGCAGCAACAGGAGCAGGAGCAACAGGAGCAGGAGUAGCAGGAGCUGGAGCACCAGCUGGUGGAAAUAAACAAGAGUCGUCUGAGGCUGUUUCAUGUCAGAACCACAACUGGGGAAAGGCUGUGAAAUCAAUUAGACAGAUCUUUCCGUGAAUUUUUUCUCUAGGAAUUAGACGAAGAAUUUGGGUAGCUCGUUGGGCCAUGUUGGCAAGCAGCUCAUAGUACUAGACUGCAAUCGUCGUGUGAGAGUGAGUGUGAGAGAGUGCAGCCAGGUCUCUGGCACUAACGCGUUGUCGCGAAGUUAUUAGAUGUCCUGGGUGUGUUGACUGCAGGCAGCGAGUGUUGAGCUAGAGAGAGCUCAACGAUUGGCAAAAUAGGAAAACAACGUGAGAAUGAACAGGCUUCUUAACCCGCUGCAGUAUGCCAUGCGCAUGCAGCCUGCCUGCUACCACAACAGCGCCGUUUCAAACAGAAGCGUCUACGUUGAUCUGUACUUUAGCAGCCAAGAAUGCCACUCCCCCUCGUCUCGGAUUGCAUGCUCAGCGCGCCCUCAUCCUGGCAAUUUUAUUCAUUAUGUUGAUUUCCUGGCCUCUUCUGGUUUGCGCGGAGGCAGCGCAUGCAGGUUUGGAGAACUAUAGUGAGUCUCAUGACGUGCAGGUCAUGAGUGAGCUAAGCGCCGAGGUAUUCUCACGUGAUCUCACGCAGGAGGAGACUGGCGCUGGCGAAAGACCAAAGUUUUGGAAUCGUAAGUUCCUUCGAGGUAAGAAGAGCGGGUACGAUUCAACCAAAGAGUUGCUCCUUCAGGUGUCAGGCAUCUCAGGGGAGGAGAGGACUUUGCUUCAUCCACACGAUGACGAUUUUGGAAUAUACUCAAAUACUAACCGGCGAAUGUUGAUCCCAGCUAAUGAAUGCACCAAUAAAGACAUUAGCAUAUCUCAAAGACGCGAUGGCUCACCUGGAAUCCCUCGAUUCAGUGUCCAGAUAGUCAAUACGUGUAUGUCUGACUGUGCUCCAGCAGACAUUCACGUGUACUGUGGCUGGUUUGCAUCAUCCCCUCCGCCCAACCCAAAUGUCUUCCGACGCCUUUCUUACAACGACUGCCUUGUAAAUGAGGGCGGUCCCCUGGGGCACGGCGCCAUCAUCCAGUUCCAGUAUGCUAAUUCCUUUAUGUAUCCAAUCCGGUUCCGAUCGGCCAGGUUCUGUAGAUGAUGACCAUGUGUGCAUAGCACACACGACCAGUGUAGUACACACACACCAAGUAUGAACAUGAUCUGGGAGCACACUCAGCUCCCCUAGACUAAGUAUAAGGAGAAGUUAUGAUCGCUGGGCUGGGCUGCAAUUCUGUCUGAUAUUGUGUGUUGAUUGCCCUUCUGAGACAAAGCACUGACUGAUUUGCCAUGAGAGCACUUUGCUUACACCCACCGUGCACCAGGGGUUUCAGAAAUGCCGGAACAGAGACAACAAGGAAAUGGCCACAGAUGUUUCAGACUCAUGAUUUGGUAUUGAUGAUGAUGAUUGAGGUAAACAGUAAAGGACAUUUGAGGCAA